GACAGAAGCUCCCAUACAGAGAGCACCAGGGGAGUAAUCAGAGAGAAGAAGACUGCUCCAGGCUCUCUGAAAUUCUUUCACCCCUUAAAAAAACCCAAACCACUGGGCACUCUUUCUCUCUCUCUCUCAUACACACACACACCCUCUCUCUGUGUCCCCUGGGCCGUUUGACUCUCUGCAUCAAGGAACUACAGAUUUGGACAUCAGCCUCUCCCAAACAACACCACUGGAAACCAAGCAGCUCCACAAAACAGGAACCAUGAGCACAGAGAGCAUGAUCCGAGACUUGGAGCUAGCAGAAGAGGCCCUCAAAAGGAAGGCAAGGGGGCCCCUAGGCCUUGGACGCUGCCUCUGCCUCACACUUAUCUCCUCCUUUCUUCUUGCUGGGGCCACCGUUCUCUUCUGCCUGCUGCACUUCGGGGUGAUUGGACCCCAGAAGGAACAGGAGUCCACAGAUACCUUUCUUGACAUGAAACCUCUGACCCAGAGAGUCAGAUCUUUGCAGAAUGAAAGUGCCAAGCCUGUAGCUCAUCUUAUAGCUGAUCAACUGGCAGAGGGGCAGCUCCUGUGGGUCGGUGAUGUUGCCAAUACCCUUCUGAUGAAUGGCAUGGAACUGGUAGACAACCAGCUGGUGCUGCCAUCCACUGGGCUCUACUUGGUCUACUCCCAGCUCCUUUACAAGGGCAGCCAGUGUGGCAAAGAAUCCCUGGUCCUCACUCACAAAAUCUCCCGGUUUACACUCUCCUACCAAAAGAAGGUCACCCUCCUGGCUAACAUCAGGAGCUCGUGCCGGAAGGCGGCAGAAGACGAUGGGGAGCCCAGCGCCUGGUAUGAACCAGUGUACCUAGCUGGCGUCUUCCAGCUCACCGAAGGCGAUAAGCUUGUUGUUGACACCAACUAUCCCGAGAAUCUCGACUUUGCUGAGCCUGGCCAGCUGUAUUUUGGGGCCAUUGCCCUUUGAGAGAAGAAAGGGAGUCAUACCCCUGCUCCCACACCCUCUCCUUGUCCCUCACUCACCUUUAUCAGUCUUCAUGUCCCUUGAGUGCCUCCCUUUUCUGGGCCUGAAAAGUGGUUUAAAGACUGGGAACAAGAAAUUAGAACAAUCUAGAAUAUGACAAAGAACAAUGAAAAAAUAAGGGUCAGAAGAGUCGAGCUAGUAAUGUCCCCUGGUAUUGCUGUAUAUCAAGGACUAUAGAAAUACAGGGUCCAGAGGGACAUAAAAAUCCAUCAAGAAGUCCAUACGCUGAAACAAAUGUAGAACCUGGACCAAAACGAGGAACCCAGAACCUAGAGUAGAAUGCCUGGCACACAGAGCAAGAGCCAACCCUUGAAGCCUGACCUGAAGUAAAGAACCCUCUUAACUUUAGAACACUCCCUGAGGUACAUAUCUAAUCUAGACCCUGAAAUGAAUCAAAAUCCGAUCAUUCCUGUUGUAUUUAUUGUAACACAGGAGCCCUGCCAUUUGCCUCCAGGGUGGUUUCUGUUAUUUA